UGGAACAUAAAUGAAAUCGAGAUAAGAGAUUGGACAGGAGAAGUAGCUCUUAUUGAAACUGUCGUUGUCAGAGAGGUCAAGACCUAAUAUCGGAAACCCACGUAGUCCAGAUCCAGACGACGAUGGAGAUAUAAUCCACCAUUCUUGGCAAAGAACCAGUGUCCCAGACCCGAAAGUACGUAGGGCUUCAAAUUCCCCAUGGAUCAAGCCCUGAUUCCUGUGCUAGUAGUGAAGUAAGUUAUCGCCGGUCGGGGACUGUGGGGAAGCAUGUUGUGUCGGCGCGGGAUAACAUCAUCGUCCCGCUUGCUCAACAGCUAGUUUGGAUAUUUUUCUCAAUAGACCACAGCACGCUUUGGUGCGGCUUCAGCUGCCUUUCUUGGGGAUCGUUGAUAUUUGUUUGUUUUACUUCCUUGGAUACCAACUUUAUCCUCGUCAUCGAAGAUGUUCAAGAAGAAGCCCACGAUCAAAAACCUUGCGUCUCUGCGUUCUUCGGACAGGCGUAAGAUAGCAGAUCAGAUCAUUCAAGACUACAAGAUUCCCGUUCCGGCCGCUGCUCCAUCUGAGACAAAUCCUGACGAGGCUGCUGCCGCUGCCAGCUCGACCCAGACAUCUGCAAACCUCACCGCGAUACGCAAUGCUCUCCUCCCAGACAACUCACAAUCAGCGCGUUUUACAACGACGGCCGGGCCACAGCUUCGCGAAGUCCAAGGUACCGUCUAUGUCGGCACACAUCCAGAGGGCGAAGAACGGAUACUGUGGUUCAAAAUAGACCAUGGACCUGGUGCCGAUGGCCGUUUUUACCCGUCUGUUUACACCUUAUGGCAUUUUCCACGACUGGUUCCCCUGCUACAGACUCCGGGGUUCGUGAUGGGCAAGCUGUGUAGCGGUGCUGAUCUGAUGACGCCUGGUCUUGCGAAUGGGCCCCCGUUCCCGGAGCGUGCCGUCAAGGGUGCCGUAGUUGCGGUUUCGAGCCUGGACAAGCCUACGGUUCCACAGUUUGUUGGAUUGUGCGAGAUUGAUGUAUCGUCUCUCGGAGAGGUGCAGGGGGCAAAAGGUCAUGCCGUUCGCGGUCUCCACUGGGAAGGGGAUGAGUUGUGGUCUUGGAGUUCGUCGUCCAGACCGGGUAAACCAGGCCCAGAGUUCCUGGAAGGAUGGGACGAGGAAGUAAAUGAUAUCGAAGAGGGUGUCGCUGAGUUGACUCUGGAGGAAGAGAAAGGUGAUAAGCAGGUGGAAGAGGACGGUGGUGUGUCACUGAGCGAGGCUCCUGAGCAACAACCGGAGGACGUCCCAAUCGAGAAAGAAAAGGAGCCCACAACUAAAGAAAUCGACGAAGCUUUCGUCAAGGCCUUCGUCUAUGCUCUCUACCAACACAAAAAAGACAAUGCGUCCGCGCCGAAUCAUGGACUAUCGUUCCCUAUUCAGCCAUCUGCUCUGAUCUCCAGCCUUGUUACCCCCUAUCUCCCAAUAUACUCUCCCCAGCAAGCUCAAUUUUACCAGAUCAAAAAGACCAGCUGGAAGAAUGUGAAGAAAUUCAUCAAGCACCUCGACAAGGCGGGUCUCGUUAAGUCGAAGGACCGAAACGGACAGGAGACUGUCAUUUUAGACGUCGAUUUCAAUGAUCCCCUUGUUAACCAGUUUGUCCCGUACAAACUUCCGUCGAAGAACGCCAUUGAGAACGCUGGAAAGCCCAUUUCUGGUGGCCAAAAAUCCGCAACGAGCGAGGGAGAUCCGUCCGUCGGUCAAACUCUUACUGUGCAGACUCUCUACAGGCCAACGCAGAAGUUGACUCCCACUCUCUUCCCAUCCCUUUCGAGCAGUGACCCGAGUAACUACUACAAGUAUUCGGACGUUUCGAAGCGUCUUGAUGAAUACCUUCAGUCGCAGGAUCUCGUCUCUAAGGAGAAUCGGCGUAUUAUAUCCUUGAAUCCGUUCCUCGCAAACACGAUAUUUACUUCGUCCUCCUCGGAGGACAGAGCUACCCAAGCACGCGGAGCUGUCACGCGUGAUGAACUUCUGAAACGCAUUGUCGAGGACAGUACACUUAUGGCGCCUUAUCACGUUAUACUGAGAAACAACCAAACCACUGCGGACGUCAAGCCCAAACCAGGUCCCGCACCCUCUGUCACGGUGACUCUCGAGCGUCGUACCGGCUCUAAGACAGUUAGCAAGGUUUCGGGACUUGAGGUUUUUGGUAUUCUACCCAGUCUCCUGGCCGAGGAAUUACAAAAGAAAUGCGCCAGCAGCACGAGUGUGUCUCAGGCCAAUGGUGCGCCAAGGGGUGUUAUGGAAGUUCUUGUACAAGGAGACCAGAGAAAAGCCAUCGAGACAGCCCUGGCCCGGCGUGGAGUCAGAAACCAAUGGAUUGGAGUUGUGGAUAAGACGAAGAAGAAAAAGGGGAACUGAAUAUGUGUAUGAAGAAUGGGAAGAUUUAGUAAGAUAUCGUCGACGUUGACCGAUAGCAGGUCUAUCUGACCCUUACUGCUUUUUGGGUGGCAUUUUGACGAAUAGGUCUGGAAACAAUGUAUGAGACCUGUUAAGAUUAGGUUAAUACGCGCAGAGAAAUAAUCAUGACAACUAUUGAUUCCUACCCAAGGUGACUCCCUGGUUAAACUCGACUGUACACCACGUCCUUCGCCUGCUUUUCGGACCCCGGUAGGGGGGCGAAGCGGGAAAAUUUCCGUUCACAGAAUUAAGUCUGACCCGUCUCUGUACGGUGGAUAGCCUCAAAAAGUUGACGAAUAAUAAUAAAUUACAAUAUGGAAGCAUGCCAUCGAUUCCCAGCAUGUUUCUCGGUUGCAGCGGCUAUACCCUUUUCAGACCCCGACUGCCGUUAGAAGCCGUAUCUAUAAACUUUGAAAACGACUGUCCCCUUUCUUGCAAUGGAUUCUA